UUAAUUGUUUUGACGAAUUUUGUUAAUUGUGAUGCCGAGAAGAGACCAAAUAUAAUAUUUAUCUUGGCUGAUGAUUUGGGAUGGAAUGACGUGGGAUUCCAUGGAUCAUCUGAAAUUCCAACUCCAAAUAUAGAUGCUCUUGCAUAUUCAGGAAUUUUACUCCAAAAUUAUUACGUUCAGCCAAUAUGCACUCCAUCCAGAUCAGCGUUGAUGACUGGAAAAUAUCCUAUCCAUACGGGAAUGCAACACACUGUCCUGUACGCUGCAGAACCACGUGGCCUGCCGUUGAAAGAGCGUAUUCUUCCUCAAUAUUUGAAGGAUUUAGGAUAUAGCAAUCAUAUAGUUGGCAAAUGGCAUCUUGGACAUUACAGAAAACAAUUUACACCUCUCUACAGAGGGUUCGACUCGCAUUUGGGUCUUUGGACGGGUCACCAUGACUAUUUUGACCAUACUGCUGGCGAAAAGGGUAUCUAUGGACUUGAUAUGCGAAGAGGAAUGGAUCCAGCAUGGGAUUUGCAUGGCCAAUAUUCGACAGAUGUGUUUUCAAGAGAAGCCGUUCGUAUUGUGGAAAAGCACGAUGCCUCAAAACCCUUAUUUUUGUACAUGGCUCAUGCAGCUGUUCAUUCCUCCAAUGCUUACAGUCCUUUGCCAGCACCUGACGAUGCAGUUGCCCAAUUUACAGAUAUUGAUAAUUUUCAACGAAGAAAAUUUGCCGGUAUGUUAUCGAGAAUGGACGAUGCUGUUGGUGAACUAAUAGAUGCCUUGUCAAGGAAAGACAUGUUGAAAGAUAGUAUAAUCGUAUUUUCCACCGAUAAUGGGGGUCCUGCUGCAGGAUUUAAUAUAAAUGCUGCGUCCAAUUGGCCGCUCAGAGGGGUGAAAAACACAUUAUUCGAAGGUGGAGUAAGAGGUGCAGGACUGAUUUGGUCACCAUUAAUUCAAAAGAAGCAGAGGAUCAGCAAACAAAAAAUGCACAUCAGUGAUUGGAUGCCUACUUUGUUAUCGGCUAUAAAGGCAAAUAUAUCGAUAAAGUAUUUAGAUGGCAUGGAUGUUUGGAGAGCAUUAUCAGAGGACACACAAUCGCCUAGAUCUCAAAUAUUGCUCAAUAUCGACGAUAUAUAUGGAAAUGCCGGGGUUACUGAUGGAAAAUAUAAAUUACUAAAAGGAAAUACAUACAAUGGCGUAUGGGAUAAAUGGUUUGGUCCAUCAGGACGUAACAAAACUUAUGAUGUGGAUUUAGUAUUAAGCAGCAAAGCAGGAAAAGCUUUGGGAAAAAUCGGAUAUGCACCCACACCAGACAAAAUACGGGAAUUGAGAGACGAAGCUGAUGUAAAAUGUCCUGUUCCUGAGUCAGCAACCGUAUGUGACUUGAAGCAUGCUCCUUGUCUGUUUGAUUUGGAAUUGGAUCCUUGUGAAUAUAAUAAUUUAGCUGAUAGUGAACCUGAGCUACUAAAUAAGAUGCUCAAACUACUCAACUCGUAUAAUUUAACAGCCGUUCCUCCGACAAACCUUCCAGAUGAUCGCAGAGCUGAUCCUCGAUUUUGGGACCACACGUGGGCAAAUUUUGGAGAUAUUACAUAUUCACUAAAUUCUAUUCAUUAGGUUUAAUAAAUUUAAUAAAUUUUUAUGUGUUUUAAAAUA